AUGAGAAAGCCCAAAUUAUCAUUACAGACUGAUAGCAAUCCGUUUCUGGACCCUGACACAUCCAACAAGGUUGUAGUUGUCAAAAAGCGAACUGGAACUCUUUAUCAGCUUUCUGAAAGCGCACGCUUAUUGGCUCGUAAAAUUGCUGCAACUGGUCUAUUUUCCACCAACUAUGAUAAUGUGAAUAUGCGAAUGCAUAAUACGGAACAAAUAAUUGGUCGACACGAUUCACAAGAAAAUGGAACAUGUGCCACGUUAAUACCACUCUUUGAUGCCAAGAUAGAAGAUCUUAAUCUUCAGAAGUUCCAGUUAUCAUUUUUGGAAGCACCAAUCCUUCAGAUUCAAGAAAUUCUACUCAACAGUGACGAGCAAAAAUCCUUAAAAGCUAAUCUGGUUCAUACCAUCUUGCGUAUUAUCAUUAAUCAUGGUAGUCCGGGAUUUCAACGGUUUACAAAAGAGCUAGCAAAAUCUCAACCGCAGACACCUGACAUUAUUCCACUGCAUAAAACCAAUCUUCAUCCUCUUCCUACAUGGCCCAUUGAUGAAUCAACCAUCACCGGAAAUGCAGAUGUUGUCACAGCCAUUAUGCAAGAGCUAGAUUUAGUUGACAGCCAGGGAAAACCCAAAAAUCCUGAUGCUUCAAAUCAGGUUCGCUUUUUAGGCGGUGACCAGCUAUCUCUUGCACGCCUCCGAGCAUUAGAAUACAUCUGCGCUGGUCAAGAAAGUGGCUUGGAGGGCUAUUUCUAG